AUGGGACGUGAGGAGCAUGGAAGGACUUGGCGCAUGGACGCAGCUCAACUGGAUACGCAAAGGAAGAAGGAGGAAGCCAUCUUGAAGACCAGCUCGACCAUCUACUCGACCAACCGGUCGAGUUCCUCAACUCGACCGGCCAAGCUUCAACUCGAUCGAGCUGAGAAGUCAACAGCGAUUCUCCACAUGGAAGUGAUGGAAAUCGCUGGAAAAUAUCCACUAAGAGCUCCAAUAACUCUUGCUCUCGAAAUGGAUUUCAAGGGGUUGGAUGGAUUAGUUUGGGCAAUGAUCCUAUGGCCUCCAAGGUCUGAUUCUCACUGGCUAACCCCCUGUUUCUGA